AUGUCCCGCUACGCGAGCGGAGACAUGAAGGCGCUCUCCGAGCUCUACACGGAAGACUGCAAGCUAAUGCCUCCGGCAACGGACGUCGUGGUAGGCAGGGCUGGGGUGGAAGGUGUGUUCAACGGCGUGCAUGGAGGAGGAGCUAAGACGGUGAAGUUGGAGAUCGACGAAGUGGGUCCGUUAGGCUCGCCUGACACUGUCUUUGAGCGCAGCCACUACACGUUCUACAAAGAAGACGGUUUUGUUUUUGACCACGGAAACGGUGUAUAUACCCCUGACGACGUAGACGAAGACGUAUAUACCCCUGACGACGACGACGACAGCCACCCUGAAUACGAGGCCGCAGUCACGUAUCUACCAACUGCAAAGACGACUGACUACAAGACGACUCCAAGACAAGACGAUACAUCGAAGAGACAGCACAUUGUGAGCACUUCAAGUUAA